GCGCCUUUCCCGAUCCUACCGAGGAUGUAUUUUGGCAAAAAGUUUCGACCGUUAUAAACGAAAGUGAUUCCAAUAACAUUGAUGCAGUAUGGAACCCAUAUAAGAAAGAAUUGAAUCAACGACAAAAGGAUGAUAAUAUCGUAAUAGCACCACCGCCUUCUCAUCCCGUUGCCAGCAAUUAUGCUAGGCAUUCACGUAAGAGUAGUAGGGUAUCUUGGGAAUUACAGACCGAUUCGGAACGUCACGUUGAUUUACUAGAAACGAAAUUAAAUGAACUCAAGUCAAAUCAUAAAAGAACUCAUACAAGGUCCAGUACGGUGGACUUUGAUGGCACACCGUUAACAACUUUGGGAUAUUAUUCAGAAGAAGAGAUAGGAGUAGGAACAGUGUUUGAGGAUGAGGAAGAAACAGAUUUACAUCCUAAUAAUCAUAACCCACAAGAGUCGGAUGAAGGAUUAUGGUUAUUAUGGAAAAAUCAAUCAACAAAUGAUCUUCAGAAUGAAGUCAAUGAUGACACAUCAACGCGAUCAGGUCAACUAUGGUAUCUACCUUUACCCAUCUUAUCAAGAUCCAUUAAUACUAGCAACAAUGUCAUUCAUGAUAAUGAUCUAUUGAGAAGGCCAAGGAUGAGAAAUGAAAAUUAUGUUACUAAUUAUCGGGAGGAUUCAAGUGAAUUUCUAUUUUAUGAUGAUGACGAUGACGAUGAAAUUAAUUUAAAUGAAGAAAUGUUACUGAAUAGAGCCAAAAGAAAGAGAGAGAUAGAAUACUUGAAAUUUAAUUUAAGGAGUUAUGAAUGUUGUGGUUGUAAUACAACUAAUGGGUUAUGCGCUGAUUUAUGGAAUAGUUGGUGUUGUAAUUUGGUUUGUAUACCUACAAUUUUAUUUAUUAGGGGAAAUUGUUGUUGUGGUAUUUGUGGUUUAGAAGAUGAUUGA